UCAGCCCCUGUCCUUAGAGGAGGGUGCUCAGCCAUGGAAGUGGAAGAGGAGAUGGAGAAGAUCAACAUAGGGACGGAAAGCCUACAGAACAGCGAGGCAACCGAAGAAGGAGGCCCGUCCAACAGCUGGCCCCAUAAAUGUGCCUCAUAUGUCCUGGCUCUCCGGCCCUGGAGCUUCAGCGCCUCCCUCACCCCAGUGGCCCUGGGGAGCGCCCUGGCUUACCGCUCCCAGGGUACCCUCGACCUGGGGCUUCUGGUGGGCAGCGCCGUCACUGUCCUGGCCGUCCACGGAGCCGGCAACCUCGUGAACACCUACUAUGACUUUUCCAAGGGCAUCGAUCACAAGAAGAGCGACGACCGGACUCUGGUGGAUCAGAUCUUGGAGCCUCAGGAUGUGGUCCGAUUUGGGGUCUUCCUGUACACUUUGGGUUGCGUCUCGGCCGCCUUCCUCUAUUGCUUCUCCACCCUCAAGUUGGAACACCUGGCCCUGAUUUACUUCGGAGGGCUCUCCAGCUCUUUCCUCUACACUGGAG